GCAGCUGCCAGCCCGCGGGACCGGAGUGGGCGGGGCCUGGGCCAGAGGGCGGCUCUCCCCCGCGUGCACACCCGGAAGCGCACUGGCGUCCGCUCUCAGAGCCGGGGGAAGCAGCGCCCUCGCUCCAGUACCUGCAGCCAGCUCCUCAGUCAUGCCGAAGCACGAGUUCUCCGUGGACAUGACCUGUGAAGGCUGCUCUAAUGCAGUCACUCGGGUCCUCAACAAGCUGGGAGGUAGCUGCUUUGACCAUCUCCAUUUCAAGCAGGAGGGAACUGAAGUUCAGAGAGGAGUUCAAUUUGACAUUGACCUGCCCAACAAGAAGGUCUGCGUCGACUCUGAGCACAGCGUGGACACUCUGCUGGAGACCCUGGGGAAAACAGGAAAGGCCGUUUCCUACCUCGGCCCCAAGUAGCGAGGGCCUGGGCCCCCAGCCUGCAGGAUGGACCAAAGUGGGCAGGAUGCUGAGCCAGCUCCUGCCUUCCAGACAGAUCUAGGACCUGACAAUCCUGCUCAGCGAUGGUAGUUCCUGCGGAGACCCUCACUUGCCCUGCUCUUCUAUAGCUUCCUUGCAAUAAAGUCAAGUCGAUUUUGCUGGA